CCGCUUCGGGUUCCGCGGCCCCAGAGUUCCGCAACGGGGCUUGCAGUCGAGAAGCCUGCUGGAGUAGCUAUGGGUUUGGGGUUAGUGGACUGUCACUGUCAUCUCUCCGCCUCGGACUUUGACAACGAUCUGGAUGAUGUAUUGGAGAAAGCCAGGAAGGCUGAUGUCAUGGCCCUUGUGGCAGUUGCUGAACAUGCAGGAGAAUUUGAAAGAAUUAUGCAGCUUUCAGAAAGGUAUAAUGGAUUCAUCCUGCCAUGUCUGGGAGUUCACCCAGUUCAAGAGCUUUCACCAGAAAAACCAAGAAGCGUGACAUUAAAGGAUUUGGAUAUAGCUUUGCCUAUUAUUGAGAAGUACAAGGAUCGCUUGUUGGCAAUUGGAGAGGUGGGGCUAGACUUCACCCCCAGAUAUGCCGGCACUGAUGAGGAGAAGGAAGAACAAAGACAAGUCCUAAUCAGACAAGUCCAACUGGCCAAAAGGCUAAAUGUGCCUCUAAACGUGCACUCACGCUCAGCUGGAAGACCCACCAUCAGCCUCUUACGUGAACAAGGUGCAGAACAGGUUCUGCUACAUGCGUUUGACGGUCGGCCAUCGGUAGCCAUGGAAGGCGUCAGGGCCGGGUACUACUUCUCCAUUCCCCCAUCCAUUGUGCGAAGUGGACAGAAGCAGAAGCUUGUGAAACAGCUGCCUCUGAGUUCUAUCUGCUUAGAAACAGAUUCACCUGCGCUAGGACCAGAAAAGCUGACACGGAAUGAACCCUGCAACAUUUCCAUCGCAGCAGAGUUCAUUGCCCAGGUGAAAGGGAUUUCAGUGGAAGAAGUCCGAGAAGUGACAACGCAGAAUGCAUUCAGACUGUUUCCCAAGCUGCAGAGCCUGCUUCAGAAAGAGCUUCAGAGUCACCCCCUGCAAGCCAAGUCAGCCCAGGGCAGCACUGGGGAAAGCAAAGGCUUGCUUUAGUGGCCUCAGAGGAAGAAGCCAUCUUACAUGGCUAGCAGUCACAGUUUUACAGAAAUGUUCCUCUUAAAAACAAAUUUGGAGCUGGAGAGAUGGCUCUGCCAUUAAGAGCACUCAGUUGCUGCUCUUCCAGAGGACCCAUGUUCAGUUCCCAGCAGCCAUGUUGGCUGGUUCAACUGCCUGUAAUUCCCUCCAGCCUUCUCUGACACUAGCACACAGGUGGCAUAUCUCUAUAGACACACAGAACAUAAAAAUUAUUUCUAAAAACUGUA